AUGAACAAGAACGUCUACAAGGACAGCUCCGACUAUGUGCGUCGCUUCCAGGAGCUGCAUGCGCGCACCUGCAACGUGUCGUACGACCUCGCGUGGGGUGACCUCCCAACGCUACUGCAGCAAGCCGUGCUUUGGGACCUCGGGCUCGUCGUCGCUAACGUCAACGGUGUCGAUACGCUCGUGCAAGUCUACCCGCUCUGCUCGACGUCCAUGGACAACCUCUUCUUCUCGCCAACGACCUACUUGUCGAUGAAAGACACGGAGGCGCUCACGUGCAGCUCGAGCUUGGGCUCGUACGUGCGCCAGAACGAAGCGUCGGGGCCCAACAUCACGCCAGCGAUCCGCUGUGCGAUCGACGCUGCGAACGUCCCGGACGCCGGCUCGAGCAUGUACGCCGAAGACGCGCUCAAGCCGACAGACGUGCCGGACCACCGCGUCUGGAUGCACCAAGCGCCAGGCACAUCAUGGGUCAUUCUCGGCAUCCACUCGAUCCCGAAAAAGUACGCCGACACCAAGCUCAAGGACACUCCGUGGGGCGAGUGUCCCAACGAGGCCAGCGGCCAGGCGAGUGCGCUCACGAUUCCGUGCGUCGUCUACAAGACUCGACCACAAACCAUGGCAGUGUGCGCGCCCGAGACGUUCUCCGAGAGCAUGCAUUCGUGGCUCGUCGACUUUGCGUCGGCCGGCAACGCAACCACCGCACCAAAGACAGUCGUACCAACAACGACACCGACGACGGCCUCAUUGAACGACGAGUCGUCGAAUGAUACUGCCAUCAUCAUUGGUGCGGUCGCCGGCGUCGUUGGCGGUCUCGUGCUGGCGGUGCUCCUCGUGCUUGUCUUCCGCCGGCGCAAGGCCGCGCCAUGACGACCUGAGAUCGAGUUUGAGCCGUACGAGUCGGCUGGCCAAGUGAUUCAUACGCCGGUGCAGCAAAACUACCAAGGUCUCUCGACGCCGCGCUAAGAACUUAAAGGCGCGA